AUGCCCUGCUUUUCCGCCUCCAAUGUGCGGUUCGUGAGCGCGGAGUCGCAGUUGCAGCAGAAGUGCAACGAGCUGCGGGCACGGGCUCGUGCCCAGACGGCGGCCUAUCGUCCGCCCGCGGGGGGAUUCCGUCCCUCCACCACCUAUGCGUCCUUCAGGAGGCCAGCCUGCGACCAGUCGGCGGCCUACGACCAGAAGCAGCUGAAGCGCAACGAGCGGGAGCGGAAGCGCAACCAGGGCACGAAGCAGGUGGUGCUGCGGCCCGGAGAGCUGCGGCGGCUCAAGGAUCAGGGGAAGCUGGAGACCGUGGGCGAGAAGCUGCAGAGGAUCGACCAGCAGGAGGAGGACCACCGCAAGCAGCUGCGGAUGGUGGAGGAGACCCGACGCCGAUUCAGGGCCAUCGACGAGGCCAAGGGAGAGGGAGCCUCCGAGGACAGGACGAUCCUGCUCAGCGAGAUCCUGGAGGAGAAGCAGUCGGUGCUGAGCCGCGCCUUCCUGGCCCGCCAGGAGCAGGAGCAGGAGGUGAAGCAGGUCAACCGCAUGAUCCUCGACGCCAAGUGCAAGGCGGUGCGGGAGGCGCAGAUCCAAGAGAAGCACCUCCUGACCAAGGCGCUGCGGGAGGACGACGAGCGCCUGGCGCGAAUGGUCAACGAGCGGGCCCAGAAAGCGCUGACCGCCGAGGACGAGCGCGAGCGCCUGGAGGUGGAGAAGCGGAACCGCUAUGCCCAGGAGAUCCGGCAGCAGCUGUCGGAGCGGGAGAACGUGCGCUACCUGGAGGCCAAGCGGGUGGCAGACGAGGCCAAAGACAUUCGCCGCGCCACCGAGCUCCUGCGCGGCCAGGAGGAGCAGCAGCGGGCCUUCGCCCAGCUGCGCAAGCAGCGCUUCCGGGAGGAGCUGCAGCGCAUCCGGGACAUGUCCAACGUCUUCAAGACCAUGCUCAGCGAGCAGGAGCGCCUGGCCGACCUGCGCGUGACCACCUACAUGCGCGAGAAGCAGGAGAAGGAGCGCCAGCUCAAGGAGAUGCAGCGCCUGGCCAAGAAGGAGUUCGAGCGCCGGCAGCAGCGCAUCUUCACGGUGGCCGCCGAGGCCAUGGAGACGCGCCAGACCAACGAGGAGCUGAAGUAUCUGAAGGAGCGGGACCGCGUGGAGCGCGAGUACCGCCAGCGGGAGAAGGGGGCGGCCAUCGCGCGUCGGGAGGCGGAGCGCGAUCUGCUCGAGUCGCGGGCGCAGCAGGCCCAGGAGAUGCGGCAGCGCCUGGCCCUGGAGAUCGCCCACGCCGGGGAGGAGUUCGCCAAGGUCAUGGACCGCAUGCGCGAGGAGGAGGACAAGCAGAAGGCCAUGGACCGCCAGCGGGACGCCCAACGGCAGGUGUACCGCCAGGACCUGCGCCAGCAGAUGACCGACAAGCAGGCGGAGCGCCGCCGCCUGGCCGAGCUGGAGGCCGGACGGGUCCAGAAGUGGCUCGACCAGGAGAAACAGCGGGACGCCAACAUCCGGCAGGUGAUCAGCGCCAAGAUCGCCGCCAUGCGCGAGAACUGCCUGCCGGAGAAGUACCUGCGGGAGGUGGAGAAGCAGCUGAAGAGCAUUCAGAGCACCCGCAACCGCAUCCGCUGA